AUGCAAGUGAAACUCAGCAUGACUUCUAGUUCGCACAGUUCGGAAAGCAUGUCAUCCCAAGAACUAAAGAAUUCUCACAAAGAACAAUUUGUGGGACGGACAUAUGUGGAUCGUUAUGUUGCUGGGAAGUUUUCUUCUUCUCAAGCAGAAAAAUUGCAUCGCUUUUUUCACUCGGAUCUGAUUCAGGGCGAGACCCUGUUGGAUGCAGGCAGCGGUCCGGUGAUUUUGAACGCCCUUAUGACCUCCGGUCGAUUUAAGCUCAUCGAGCUGAGCGACUUGGUCGAAGACAACAGGCUUGAACUUAAAAAGUGGAUGAACAGGGAUGAAGAUGCCAUUGACUGGAGCCUCUUUGCAGAGAAGAUUGCUGCCGUUGAAGGCUAUAGCGACAUCAAGAAGGGGGCGAUAGAAAUACUGGAGCGCACACGUGCGGCCAUCCACAAUGUGGUACCCUGCGGUGUGCUGGAGCGCGGAGUGCUCCCAGUGGAACACAGGGAAAACUUCGACGUCGUUAUUUCCUCCGGAUGCCUGGAAUCGGCAGCAGUAGACGUCGAAUCAUAUCGAAGGGUUGUUUGCAACGUGGUAACACUCGCGAAACCUGGCGGUCUGCUUGUCAUUUUUGGCGUGGGUGGUUUAAAUGAAUAUCAAGUCGGAAGCGCUGAUUUUACUGUCAUGAACCUCACCGAAAAUGUACUGAAAGAAGCCAUGACUGAUGCUGGCCUCCAGAUAGAACUAUACCGACCCCAUAAAAUUGGAAGUUUCUUGGGAAGUUCAGACGUGUUCAUUUUUAACAUGGUGGUACGUAAAGCCUGA